GUCACUCGUGAGUGUGCGCAAGGCGGCUCGACGUAACACGCGGCAGUUUAUUCAUUCGUGGUUGUUCUCCAUUUCUUCAAGCGCAUCAGUAACGGGAUCUCAUGAUCACCGUAGCCUGAUAUCUUCAUCCUUCAACCAAGAUGUCAAAAAGGCCAUCCUAUGCCCCUCCCCCAGCCCCAGCCCCCACCACACAAAUGCCCAACACCCCAGGGUUUGUGGGAUACAACCCAUACAGUCAUCUGGCCUACAACAACUACAGGCUGGGAGGGAACCCAGGCAGCAACAGCCGGGUAACGAAUUCCUCAGGAAUUGCAAUUCCUAAACCACCAAAGCCCCCAGACAAACCACUGAUGCCUUAUAUGCGAUACAGUAGAAAGGUUUGGGACCAAGUAAAAGCCUCCAAUCCAGAUCUGAAGCUAUGGGAAAUUGGGAAGAUUAUCGGUGGCAUGUGGAGAGACCUCACUGAUGAGGAGAAACAGGAAUACUUGAAUGAAUACGAAGCAGAGAAGAUAGAGUAUAAUGAGAACAUGAAGGCUUACCACAACUCUCCUGCUUACUUGGCUUACGUCAAUGCCAAGAGCCGUGCUGAAGCUGCUCUGGAGGAGGAGAGUCGGCAGCGUCAGUCUCGCUUGGACAAAGGAGAGCCCUAUAUGAGUAUCCAACCUGCUGAGGACCCUGAUGAUUAUGACGACGGUUUCUCCAUGAAGCACACUGCGGCAGCCCGUUUCCAGCGUAACCACCGACUAAUCAGUGAGAUUCUCAGUGACAGCGUAGUACCAGAUGUUCGGUCUGUUGUCACUACUGCCCGCAUGCAAGUCUUGAAGCGUCAAGUCCAGUCACUUAUGGUGCACCAGCGAAAGCUUGAAGCAGAGUUACUGCAGAUUGAGGACCGUCAUCAAGAAAAGAAGAGAAAGUUCCUUGAGUCAACAGAAUCAUUCACUAAUGAGCUUAAACGGUUGUGCAGUAUGAAAGUGGAGGUUGACAUGGAGAAGAUUGCUGCAGAUAUUGCUGCAGCAGAGGAGGCGGCACGAAAGAGGGCAGAAGAGCGGGAGAAGGAGGUGGCAGAGCAGGCCGAGGCGGCAGGUGCCGCUGGCUCAUCUAUCGAGGAGGAUAAUGCUGUACCCCGAAAUGAGCAAUCGCAAGAGAUAUCAGACGACGGGAGUAACAAAAGGAACAUAGAAGAGGAAGACACUUCUGCCAUAAAUACAGUGGAAUCCCAGGGGACAGAGAUGUCAGAGGGCCAGCAAGCCUCAGAUGAGGGAGUCUCCACCACUGAAAACAAGGAAAAUCCUCUGGAAAGGGCUGAAAGUGUCACAGAAGAAGGGACCAGUGACAGUAACACAGGUUCGGAGAGUACCAGUGUUCCUACAGAGGAUACGUCGUUACUUGAGCCAAAUGCUGUCGGGCUUAACAGCAAGCCAGAGUGAUGCAGAUCUCAUACGCAUCCAGCAGAACUUCCAGCUGGCCAGCCCAUAAAUAUGUCAACAUAAGUCUCAUACCAAUUUUGAGCUUUGGAAAUGUUUCCAUUAAUUUGGUAGUUACCACGCUUGUUUAGAUUUGUAAUUUCCUAUUAUGUUCUUAAGACUUCACCAGAGCGAGUGCACAUGCUAGUGAAGAUUUGGCAUAGUUUUGCAGGGCUAACAAAUCCAUUGUAAAUUUAUUAUUAUUUUUUUUUUUUUUUAAAGAAGUUGCUAAUGUUUUUGGACUACUUCUGAACAUCAAAAUGCAGAUCUCAGCCUUUUCUUUAGUACAGUGUCAUUUGUCCAAAACUUAAUUUCAAAUCCCAUAAACAUGGCAUUUGUGGACCAUUGCAUUGUGAUCUUAUAAAACUUUGUGGAAUGCUGAGUAAAAGGCUAAAAACUGUAGUUCUGUAUUCAUGUAUUUUGCAGUAAACCCAUAACUAACAUU